CCCCUUCCCCUUCCGCCAGCUCAGGGGGGGACCCCAAAGAUCCAGAUGUGGAGGAAGAGGACUUAGAAAGCCGGAAGGUGGACUGGGCAUUUCCAGCCGAGCUGUCAGAGGCGAUUUACGGGAUGGAUCCCCAGAUCUCGGCCAGAUUGAACUCCAGGAAGAGGAGGAAAGAAGGCGCAGGUCCCAACGGGGCCACGGAGUCGGACGGCAUCCCCUUAAAACUGCCCCGCAACUGUUUCGGCCUGCGAGAGCCAGCGCCGUUUUCCGAUGAGCUGGAAGUGGAUUACAGCAAGCCCUACACGCGAGUCACAUUUGAGGAGGCAACGAGAGGGACCCCCUUGGACAGGCCCGUCCGGGUUUACGCCGAUGGGAUUUUUGACCUCUUCCACUCCGGACACGCACGAGCUCUCAUGCAGGCCAAGAACCUCUUUCCCAACACCUACCUCAUUGUCGGAGUCUGCAGCGACGAGCUGACCCACAACUUCAAAGGAUUCACGGUCAUGAACGAAGCCGAGCGCUACGACGCCGUGCAGCACUGCCGUUACGUGGACGAGGUGGUGAGGAACGCCCCCUGGACGCAGCCGGAGUUCUUGGCGGAGCACAGGAUCGACUUUGUCGCCCACGAUGACAUCCCCUACUCCUCCGCCGGCAGCGAUGACGUCUACAGACACAUAAAAGAAGCAGGAAUGUUCGCCCCCACGCAGAGGACCGAAGGCAUUUCCACCUCGGAUAUCAUCACCCGCAUCGUCCGGGACUACGACGUCUACGCCCGGCGGAAUCUGCAGAGGGGCUACACGGCCAAGGAGCUCAACGUCAGCUUCAUCAACGUGAAAGAGUACCACUUGCAAGAGAGGGUGGACAAGGUGAAGAAGAGAGUGAAGGACGUGGAGGAGAAAUCGAAGGAGUUUGUCCAGAAAGUGGAAGAGAAAAGCAUCGACCUCAUUCAGAAGUGGGAGGAGAAAUCGCGGGAAUUCAUCGGCAACUUCUUGGAGAUGUUCGGCCCCGAAGGCGCCUUGAAGCACAUGCUGAAAGAAGGGAAGGGCCGGAUGCUGCAGGCCAUCAGCCCCAAGCAGAGCCCCAGCAGCAGCCCCACGCACGACCGCUCGCCCUCGCCCUCCUUCCGCUGGCCGUUCACCGCCAGGACGCCUCCACUCUCUCCCGCCGGCCUCCCCCGGAACAAGUCGACGGCUAGCUACGACAUCAGCGAGGAUGAGGAGGACUGAGUCCGCCCCGGGAGACGGCGGCGCAGGGCGGGGGGGGCUUACGGAAGCCACGAGCCACUGGGGGAGACCCUGAGAACUUCUGCCUGGCUCCCCAAAUUCAAGAGCUGAGAUGGUCGCACCGUCGGAAACGUCGUCUUUCCCCCAACGUCCGGGAGCUGGGACAUGCCGUAGCAUUUUCCUUAUUAUUAUUAUUUUUUCCUCUCCUUUCCCCCGGUUAUUUCUCACCCCUACGGAGGGAAAUGGUGAUUCUUCUUUUAAAACCAAACGUUUUAUUUUUGGCGGUAGCCGAAAGCAUCAAAUUUGGAGACGGCGAGGAUGGGAACCUCUCUUUUCUCACCCGGCUUCUCAUCCUUAACAUCGCCAUCUCCGCUUCUCCCGUCGGCCGGGGUCCUUGGCCUGCAGGGAGCAGAGGCCCUUAAAGUGGGCGAAACGGGGUGUCGGUGGGUGGGGGAAGGAAGAAGCUGCAAAAAUUUGCCGCUCCCCACACCUAGGGGCAGAGAGAGAGAGAAUGCGUUGUCUCGCAGCCUCCCCAGGUUUCUAGUCCUCAAGAGAGAACACGGAGAGGCGAUGCGAAGUGAAAGUUUGCUUCGGGGUUUCCCCAAGAGACUCACACCUGGGUUACACGCUCCCUGCUCUUCCUGUCUGUGUGCCACCUCCCCCACCCCAAGUGAAAGCUGCCUUUUUUCGGUUCCUUUUGCAACGUCCCGCAAGGGAGUCAGAGCUGCAGGUGCACCAGGGAGCGGGGGUGAGCGGUGAAUUCUUCUGUCCCGACUCGGCUGAGAGUUUCCAGAUUGUUGUGUUGUCGGUCCUUUGGGGUGGCACAUCCGUUGCACUAAAAAGCCGCAAACGGACACGUCGGUCCCGUUUUUCCGCCAACGGAGCCCGCUGGCUCUCGGUCCAUCUCCCCUCCACCCCUCCCGCUCCAAACUAUUUGCAAAGUUCCGUGGGGCAGCCACACCCGAUUUCAGUAACGUUUCGCCUUUGCGUCUCCUGUCCCGUCGCGAAAUAAAGCCACCGAUCUCUGCGGGCGGCUGGUCUUCGCGCCCGCCGUUUUUCUCCCCCCCCCCCCCCGAGCGGCCCCCUCUCUUCUCGCGCGUCUGAUACACACCCCACGUUGUCGAGAAUUAGCCCAGAUUCUGCCCCGCGGCUGAACGGGGGAAGCCCCAUCGGGCACUGACCAAGCCGAGGUGGGUGCGCGGUCAUGCCCCGGGCCCCAGAUUGCAGGAUUUUGGAGCGGACGCCUGGCCAUUUCUCCCCGCUCCCACUCCUCCGGUGGAUGCCGAGCAACAUCUGGGCGGCAGCCGCUCGUUUGCCCUGGCACAGCGCCCGUUCGUUAGGAACCCACUUCUCGUUGGCUGUUGUUCUUAACUCUGUAAUAAAUGUUCGGGUUUGACUGAC